UCAUAAAAUUGAAUGAUCCUUACUGAAACUCAUCCGCAUUUUGUAACGGUGGUGGUAAUGAUCUGGUGGUUAGCAGCCUAAUUGUAUUCAUUGUGCAUGAACUGAUGAGCAUAGAUCUUAGUUGACAAUCUACCAAUUGGUCUGAUGUGAUUGGUGGUUGCAAGAACAGCAACUUAACGCAAGGGCACCCAAUCCAAAGCAACCUGACUAACAGCGCCUCUGACAUCUUUGUCACUCCUAGCAAGCAAGCAACGAGAAAGAGAGAGAGAGGCCCUUGAAAUCGAAAUCCAAAGAGAAGCCAAACCCAAAACCCAUCUCUGUCUGUGAAUUUGAGAGAGUAUGGGAGGAGAGAGGAAGAAGAUAUUGGUGGGUUUGGUAGUAGCUAUGUUUCUUGGAAUUGCUGUUUACUUGAGGCUGUGGUCCAUUGAUUAUGCUAUUUCUUCUGAUGACACUGAGUUGUUGAGAAGACAAUUCGAUCUUGCCAACAGGGAAGCAAUGGAUGAAUCUGCUGAGUGGAGAAUGAAAUAUGAUGAAGAAGCAGAGAGGGCUGCAAAGUGUGAUAAGGAACUGAUAGAGAUUAAGCAGAAGGUGGAGGAUGCUGCUAGUAUUAACCAGCAACUGGAAAUGCUGCAAAAGGAAAACAUGGCCUUGGUUGAACGGAUGGAGGCAUUAAAAAAGAAGCUGGAGGCUGCAAAGUUAAAAUGUCGCUCAUGAUAUAAGUGGGUUGAACAGGUUCUACUUUCAUCUUCAUGUGUAAUUCUGACCCUAAUAGCUUGUUUCCUGAGGAAAACACGUCCUUAGAAAAUUCUCAUGAGGAAAAUCUGUGUUGAGUUCAACCGAGGGAAAGGCCAUUCUGAACGAGAUAUCUUCUUUUUUUACUCACCCACACAACCCACCCCACACACAACAUCCACACACCCCACCCACACCCCCUCAAAAUAUAUUGCACAUUACAUAUAAUGUAUCAGUUUUUCCUUUACCAGAUGUUCAGGGACUGGUGCUGCUAUAGUAUUAGCUAGAAUGUGUUCAUGUUUCUUCCCUCAUCCCAUUUUUAGUAUUUUACAAUGGGGGAGGGAGGAUUUAUUGUUUUUUGCUGCACUAUGCUCAAUAAUAUGCAUUUACAAUUUGGAAGAAA